UGCAUGACCUCCAACCUCAAAGGGCAGACCGUGCCCUCGCGUGAGUGCCACCAUUUUGGAUUCUGGUACAAGACGGGUCAUCCGGUGGUGCUUUGCACUGACGAUAAAGGUGUUUUCGCGACGGACCUCUCUCAGGAGUACCAGCUGGUCGCUGAUACGUUUCAGCUGUCCAAAGCGCAGAUGUGGGACCUCUCCUACGACGCCAUCGACUACAUUUUUGCUGGCGCCCACACCAAGGCAGAGCUGAAGGAAAAGUGGAACAAACUGAAACCGUCUCUGCUUAGUCAGAACGUCGAGGACCGGUGAACCCAUGGCGUGUUCUGUGUAGACGGCACUUUUAGACCUAGUUGGUACAUUCUGUGGAAUUACUCUGUGAAGAUGGGCUGCUUCACACCAUACCAUAUCAGCCUGCACUGGCGUGGUGAAUUGUUAGGAUAUUAUUUUUUCUUCCAUUUCUCUCACAAAACCCCCGCAUGCAGAAAGCCAGCACGUCAGGGAGAAGGCGGGGUGGCGCCCUUUUCCUUGACAUGCUAGGUUUCUGUUGCAGGGAGUUAAAAAUAUAGGUGAGCUGCUGUCCAAAAUAGGUAUAGUCCAGGAAAUUUUUUUUGUGUUUUAAUAUUGUUGAAGAGAUAAACUGAUCCUAAAAUUAGUCUUGCUCUGGUCUGUCAUGGA